AUGGCCAAAGUGCCACGGCAGCUGUUCCGCCCGAGGACCCGCGUUAGACCACACCAUUACGCUUCUCGCCUGGGGAAGUUCGCAAUUUCUGCAGGAGAGAGACGUGACUAUCGUGGAUCCUCUGGGGAGCCUCAACAACCUCAUGAUGCUGAGGAGACAGAGAAGAGUCUCUCCAGAUCAGAACACCUCAAUAAACACCCGCAGAGACCCACAGGGAAGAGAACUCACUGCUGCUCUGACUGUGGGAAGAGAUUCACAUCAUCAGGUUUUAAAAUUCAUCAGAGAACACACACAGGAGAGAAACCUUAUAGCUGUGAUCAAUGUGGGAAGAGUUUUGUUCAAACUUGCCAUCUGACUCUACACCAGAGAACACACACAGGAGAGAAACCAUAUAGCUGUGGUCAAUGUGGGAAGAGAUUUAGUCGAUCUGGAGAUCUGACAGUGCACAAGAGAAUACACACAGGAGAGAAAUCUUAUAGCUGUGGUCAAUGUGGGAGGAGUUUUAGUCGAUCUGGAGAACUGACAGUGCACAAGAGAAUACACACAGGAGAGAAACCUUAUAGCUGUGAUCAAUGUGGGAGGAGUUUUAGUCGAUCUGGAGAACUGACAGUGCACAAGAGAAUACACACAGGAGAGAGACCUUAUAGCUGUGAUCAGUGUGGGAAGAUAUUUGUUCAAACUUCCCAUCUGACUCAACACCAGAGAACACACACAGGAGAGAAACCUUAUAGCUGUGAUCAGUGUGGGAAGAUAUUUGCUAAUUCUGGAGAUCUGACAGUGCACAAGAGAACACACACAGGAGAGAAACCUUAUAGCUGUGAUCAAUGUGGGAAGAGUUUUGUUCAAACUUGCCAUUUGACUCAACACCAGAGAACACACACAGGAGAGAAACCUUAUAGCUGUGAUCAGUGUGGGAAGAGAUUUACUCAAUCACACAGCCUGAUAUACCACCAGAGAAUACACACAGGAGAGAAACCUUAUAGCUGUGAUCAAUAUGGGAAGAGAUUUGCUACACCUGGCCACCUGACUCUACACCAGAGAACACACACAGGAGAGAAACCUUAUAGCUGUGAUCAAUGUGGGAAGAGAUUUACUCAGUCACACAGCCUGAUAUACCACCAGAGAAUACACAGGAUAGAAACCUUAUAGCUGUGGUCAAUGUGGGAAGAGGUUUCGUCAAUCUGGCCAUCUGACUCAACACCAGAGAACACACAGGAUUGAAAUCUCAUAGCUGUGACCAGAGAUAAUCUGAUAAAAGAUCUGAUCAAAUAUUAGAAAAAACAUACAUGAAGAAGUUGUUUCAUGAUUUCAAUGAAUUAGUGUCACAAUGUAGAAUUUUUUAACAUUGUAGUAGGAGUAUUGUAAUGAUUUCACAAUGUAGAAGGCUAAACCUUUGUCCACUUAUGAAUUGAUAUCAACAUGUUAUGGAUAUUAUCCUAAUGGGGAAAAAUCCAGGCUCUGAAAUGGAAGAGUACUAUUUAUGUGAUUUAACAAAAAUUGACAAACAAAAAAAAGAGUUCGGAUCAAAUCAAAUGUAUUUAUAAAGCCCCUCUUAUAUCAGCUGAUAUCACAAAGUGCUGUACAGAAACCCAGCCUAACACCCCAAACGGCAAGCAAUGCAGGUGUAGAAGCACGGUGGCUAGGAAAAACU